CCACUAUUUACCCAACUUUGUUUAAACGGAUCACCAAACAGGGCACAAACUCAAAAUACAAAAACCCUCUUUCCUCUCUCCUCACUUUCUCUCUCUAGCCAAAAAAAAAAAAAGUAAAAGGCAACCCACCAAAAAAAGAUAAAGUGGAGAAUUCAAGGACAGACGGAGGCUUCCUCUGUGGUCUCUGCCCAGGAGAGAGAAACAGAAACAAGCUGAAGAGAGAGAAAAAUAAAGCCGUUGAGAAGAACCUUCAACCACCACCGCCACAACAACCACUACAGACGAUGCAGAAGUCUGAACAGCCGCCGCCGCCUGCGCCACCACUUCCGACGAUACAAAGCGUCGCGAAUUCUGGCAGCUUGAGCUUCAACAGUAGUAUUAAUUCUACUGCUGGUGUUGGUAUGCAAGAUGAAGAGAUCACUCGCUCUGCUUUGUCGAACUUCAGGGCGAAAGAGGAGGAGAUCGAGAGGAAGAAGAUGGAGGUGCGAGAGCGAGUUCAAGCUCAACUCGGCCGAGUUGAAGAGGAGACUAAACGCUUGGGCUUAAUUCGUGAGGAGCUUGAAUCCCUUGCUGAUCCAAUGCGGAAAGAUGUGUCUGUUGUGCGUAAAAGGAUAGAUGUAGUUAACAAAGAGCUAAGGCCACUCGGAACAAAUGUGCAAAAGAAGGAAAAAGAAUACCGAGAUGCGCUGGAUGCAUUCAAUGAGAAGAACAAAGAAAAAGUACAGCUGAUAAACAAACUAGUUGAGCUGGUAGGCGAAAGCGAGAGGUUGAGGAUGAAGAAACUGGAAGAGUUGAGCAAGAGUGUGGAAUCGUUGCACUAAAUGACUUGAACAGAUGAACUUGUCCAUAGAUAAUUGAAUUAGGUUUGUGUGAUGUAAUUUAAUUUCAACGCUUUAAUUUUUUUUGCCCCCUUUUCUUAAUGUAUUUAUAUAUAUGGGUGCCUGGAGUUUGGUGUAUUCUGUGUACCCUUUUUUAUUUUUAUUUCUUUUAUUUUUAUUUUUAUUUUUGUUUCCCUCCCCAAUUUGAUUAGAUCUUGAUGCAAUAUCUGCUGAUCUAGGAAUAGGGUAAUAUCUACCCCAAAUAGACAGGUUUGUAACUCGUAACAUUUUCCGGACUUAAUUUCGCCUCAUCUUUCGUUUCCUAUCA